AUGCAUAUUUUAGAUAAAGACUAUACGGCGAAAGAUCCAUCGAAAGAUAAAACAUGUGGACAUGCAGGUCUUUGUGUUCUACGUGAACUAACCUACUUUGACAUUGGAGAGAGUUUCUGGUUUGAUUCACUUCAUGGUUUAUAUUCCGGAGUAUUCAAAGAAGAGUUUGCGAAAGCAGCAAGAAUAGUAGAAGCAGAAUUGGCUCAAAGUCAAAUGGCUGUUCGUGCAGCAACGACGGAUGGUGAACGUCAGCAACGUGGUGGUGUGGUUAAUAUGAAAAUGGGCGACGUGCUCGAUACGCACAAAGAGUGGCGAGGUGAACGCGAAAAAGAUGGCUAA